AUGAGUUAUGGAUUGGAAAGAUUGCAUCUAACACAUAUUUGCCCACUUUGUCGAUUGUGUCGUGGACGGGUAUGUUUGAUAGUCAAAUGUGGGAUUGGAGAACAAUUUGCCAUUGAUUUAUGUAUUCAAAAACCUUGGCUUUCAAAGAGAAAUAAGGAAAUUUACAAAAUAUUUAUGGCUCAUCGAAAUAAUUCGAUUGAAACGAGACAUUUUAUAAUUGUCAUUAAAGAAAGAAUGAAGGAAAUAUUUCAGUAUUUUAGAUUAUUGAAAAAACAAUCACACGAUGAGUAUAAAUUUCUGUUACAAUAUUAUUCGGUAUUGGAUGAAUUUUAUAGUGAUUUAUUGGAUGAAUUGAAUUUGAUUUCAUCACAAUAUUUAAAACCUCAAAUGAGAAAUAUUUCUAGGAUUGACAUUCCCAAACAACCAAAAUUAGUUGAUCCCUAUCUACUUCCUAUAAGACCAACAGAUUGGAAUGUUAAUAAUAUUGAAAACAAAUUAAAGUGGGAUUUUACUCUUUUGCGAGAUGACAAUACUAUUCAUGAGCAUGAUGCUUUAUUGGAGGAAGGAGAGGAUGAUGAAUAUCAUGUUAAAUAUCAAUCAUUGAUAUUGUCAAAUAGAAAGGCUAUUAUUGAACCAUUGAAGGAUUGUGAUAUCUUUUCAUUUAAUCCAAAGAAGAGGAAAUUAUCAGUUUCAACAUCAAUAGAUUCUUCAUCUGAAUCUGAUGAAGAUGACUUAAAUGAGUCACUUUCAAAAGAAUCAAAAAUUACAGAUAUUGGCAACGAGUUUGAAAUGGAUUUAUAUCAUAAUGAUGGAUAA